AUGAUCCUCAACCCAAAUGGGAAAAAGAAGGAAGAUGGAAACAGUCACAUAUCAUUAUUCUUGGCAAUGACAGACCCGGAUGAUGUUUCUGACUGGGAGGUUAAUGUUGUUGCCAGUUCUUUGUGUUCGAUGGAAUUCGCGACAGAUAUUUGGUUGUUCAAGGUAUUAGACUACGAUCAAGCGUGUGACUAUGAUGAUCGGAUAGACUGGCGGUUUCACAAGAUGAAGAUGGAAUGGGGUUUCAUCGAGCUUCUUUCUCAUGACACUUUGCGUGACGCUUCGAAUGGCUUCCUGGUCGAUGAUCGUAGCAUAUUUGGAGUGGAGGUUUUUGGUGUUAGGCCUGGCGAAGGAGAGAGUCUUUCAUUCGUCAAAGAACCUGCAAAUGGUCUAUACACUUGGAAGAUUAGUAACUUUUCGGCUCUGAAUAAAUAUAACCACUUCUCUGAGGGAUUUACUGUUGAAGGAAGAAAAUGGUAUGUGUAA